AUGAUCAAACGCAUGGCAGGCAAGCUUACUGCGCACAUUGGCGGUCAUCAUAACGGCAAGGGCUUCCUGGGCGCAACUGGUUUGACCCCUUCAUCACCGUCCGAAGCGAUGUACCCAGACACGACGACAUUACCCACGAUACCGAUGGCCGUCUCGUCUCUGGAACAUCGCGACUCGAUAUCAACAGAGCGAACCUCGACCAGCAUGGGAGACGAGAGCGUCGCGGGUGGGCGCUUCGGUAUCGAGGCACCUAGGUUCUCUGCGCGCCCACAGCGACCGAAGGGGACAUACCGACUCUCAGACUUUAGUAUCCAACGGACGUUAGGAACGGGCAGCUUUGGUCGGGUACAUCUAGUGCGGAGUAAACACAAUGGUCGCUUCUACGCCAUCAAGGUCCUCAACAAAGAGAGAAUCGUCAGGAUGAAGCAAAUCGAACACACGAAUAACGAGAUGAAGAUGCUCGAGUCUGUGCAGCACCCGUUUAUAAUCAACCUUUGGGGUUCGUUCCAGGACUCUAGCAAUCUGUAUAUGGUUAUGGAUUUCGUGCCGGGAGGAGAGCUGUUUACACUUCUGAGAAGGUCAAAUCGCUUCCCCGACCCCGUUGCCAAGUUCUAUGCCGCCGAGGUGGCGCUAGCGCUCAACUACAUGCAUUCGCUGGACAUAGUCUAUCGAGAUCUGAAGCCCGAAAACAUUCUGCUCAAUGUCGACGGACAUAUCAAGAUUGCUGACUUUGGAUUUGCCAAACUUUGUGCGACAACGACAUGGACACUGUGCGGGACACCCGACUACCUAGCACCCGAGAUUGUCAGCCAGCAACGGUACAACAAGAGUGUCGACUGGUAUGCGCUCGGCGUGUUGAUCUUCGAGAUGCUGUCAGGGCUACCGCCAUAUCACCAACCCGAACCCAACCACCUUGCGCUAUACGAGAAGAUUAUGCGUGGGCCCAAAAACAUCAGAUGGCCAGCAGCAGCCUUUAAUGAGAACGCGACGGAUCUCAUCUUGAAGCUCAUGGAAGGCGAUCCAUCACGGCGGUAUGGAAACCUGCGGCAUGGCGCUGGUGAUGUCUUUGCGCAUCCGUGGUUCAGAGAGGUCGAUUGGGAUCGACUUGCUGCUAGGGAGAUCACCGCACCGUAUCUGCCCCGAAUCAGUGGCGAUGGCGAUGCUAGCGCAUUCGACAAAUACCCUGAAGACAAUGUCCAAAACACCUACGGCCUACCAGCCUUGGACCCUUAUGGGGUCGUCUUCCCUGAUUUUGAAUAUACCGGCUCAUAG